AAGAACUCCAAUUAGAGGAAAUUCUUCAUAAUACUAUUGAUGCCAAAAAAAAUGAAGAAAUAAGUAAUUCUACAUCAAUAAGAAAUGACCAAGAUAGUCUAAUUGAUGAAUUCAUCAAUGACACUAGCAAUGAAGCUUCG